GCGUUUGACAAGAGGUCGGCGGUCAGCACGGUCACUCCUUGAACAGAUACACUAGGCGAUGUUAACCAGGCAGGUGGGAUACACGAUGCGGUCCAAAAGGUUCUGCUUAGGAUGUGACCAGUAUUGAUGCUGCUGCCAUGCAGUCAGUGGGUUCUGAGCAUCAAAAGUCUCAAAAUUCUGGUAAAGUGGCACCAUUUGCCCUUUGGCCAGUGGACCUCAAGUUAACUCACUUGGACUGGAACCCUGAAGCUACCCUGAUACACUUUCAGGGACAGUACCUUACCAUAUGUGAGCUUGACUAUAACAUCUUACAAGGAGAAAUACAAAGCGUACCAAAGACUAAAUCUGCAGUGGACAUUGGCGAGUUCUGCCUUGUAGAAGAUUUGGCUUCAGCCCGGUGGUACAGAGGGAGAGUUCAGAAUCGAAAAGAGGGCCUGUUUGAUGUGUUUCUAAUAGAUCAUGGCAAUGUCUUGAGUGUAGAUAUCAACCGCAUAUCUCCCUGUUCAAGCGACUUAUUCAUCCUUCCUCCCAAGAUAGUGUGUGGCUUUCUUGCAAAUGUACUUCUCCUUCAAAGUUGCUCUUGUUCUGUAGUUGAGGAGUACCUUGCAAACCUCAUUGGACGAAGUGUUGCAGGUUACAUUCAAGCCCUCCUUCCCCAUAAAGUGCAACUGUUGGAAGCCCCUGACAUCAACACAGACCUGGUCAGACAUGGACUUGGGAGACAUGUUGACACAGAAACUUUCCUCUUGUUGGUUGAGAUGCUCACUGAAGUGCCACUCAAACAUAACACUGAGCCAGUUCCUGAUUUACUCAUUGAGAAACCAAGAGGACAGGAAUUUAGCUUUAAACCCUGUGGUUUGCGAGGACACGAACAAAUUCUGUCGUUAUGUGGACCUAAAUUGCCUUCUGGAACAAAAGCUAAAGUGCGUGUGACUGCUGCUGUGAACCCAGGGCUGUUUUACUGUCAGAUGACCAGUAAGGAAACAGAGCUUUGGGAGAUGUCAAGAAAGCUGUCUGAAGUUUGUGAAUACACAUCCAAACAGCAUCAGAAGACUUCAGAAAGCCUGGGCUUGCUGUGCUCUGCAAAAGGAAAAGAUGGGAAAUGGUACAGAGGCUUUGUGCAGUAUCUCCCAGUCAACUCUCAAGUUAGAGUUUUGUUCAUUGACUACGGAUUCUUUGAAACUGUUAAAAUCGAAAACGUCCACAAGUUGCCACCAGAUAUCUAUUCAGCACCCAUCAUGGCAUUACCAUGCUCACUUUCAUGCCUAAGCGACCAGGAUGAUGUGCUGAAAACUCAACAGCUUGGUUUCCUUCAGGCAGGCCUUCUUGGAAAGGUGCUGGAUGUGGAAAUCAGAAGUUUUGAUGAAGAAAAGCAUCUGUACUCAAUCACAGUAACUGGUCUAGAAGAAAAUCAUGUAAACAGGCCAGAGCUCAUCAAAGAGAUUCCUCAAAUGGAUGCUGGGUCAGCUUUUGAAACAAAAGAGUCAUCACCGCAGAGUAACUUUUUAAACUGUGAGACAAUCAUUGGCAAGAAACUGGAUAAAACACUGGAAGAAGAAGAGCUGCACGUAGGUUCUGUUUUUGUGGGCUAUGUUGAGUAUGUCCACAAUCCACACAGCUUCUGGAUCAGAACACAAAAACGCAAUGAUGAGUUUGAGGAAAUGAUGGAGAAAAUGUCAGAUCACUUCAGUCAAGUGAAACUGGAUGAAGAUGUACUGUUGAAUCCUGAGCUGGGGACAAUGUGCUGCGCAUUGUUUGAGGACGACAUGCAUUUCUAUAGAGGUGUUGUGACAGACACACUCGAGCAUGGAGCGGAAGUUCUUUUCAUUGACUUUGGCAACAUUGAUAAAGUGCCACAUAAGUUGAUCAAGAAGAUACCUGAGAAAUUUGUCAACAAAUCUGCAUUUGCCUUCUGUUGUUCACUUGUCAAUGUUGUUCCGUUGGAAGAAGUAUGGACCAGCACUACGUCUGCCUUUUUCAAAACAGCUGUGUCAAACAAAGCUAUGCUUGUUCAUGUCGUCCAGGUGAGGAAAAACAAACUUGUCGUGGAUCUUCAAGAGAUGGGGCAUGAAAAAAAUCAGAGUAUCACUGAGCUUCUGAUCUCCUCAAAUCAAGCUGAAUACUGGAAUAACAUUUCUAUAGAGCCUGUGGAGCCAAAGGACAAAGAGAAAUCAAGUUGGCCAGAAAAUGGUAUGACAUCAGACAUCAAUGAACGUAGCGAGCAGUGGGAUGACUGCGAAGAUGAAGAGAAAGUGUGCAAGGAGGAAACUGACAAGGUCCAAACCCCUGCACAUUUUAAAGCAUUAAACAUCAAACCAGGUUAUGAUUUUGCUGUGCGGUGCACCUAUAUCACUUCUCCAUCAGAGUUCUGGUGCCAGCCUCUUGAUAAGGUUCAAGAUUUGGAGGAACUAAUGGAUAAAGUUAAACAAUAUUACUCAGCUCAUAGAGCUCCCCUCCAAUCAGAAGAUGCAUGUUGUAUUGCUAAGUCACAUAAAGAUGGAACAGGUUACAGGGCCGUUAUCAUAGAAAAAUCUGAAGGAAAACAAAAUCUUUUUGUCAAAGUGAUGUUAGUUGACCAUGGCUCCACUAAAAUAACCAAGAGCCACAACCUACAAGCUAUAAUGCCAGAUUUUGCAAAUUUGGAAGGACUAGCUUUCAGAUGCAGCCUCUACAAUGUGAUCAAACCUGUUGGUCACAGGAAAGAAGAGGUUUGGAGUCCUGAGGUGCUAAACACAAUGAAAGAUUUUGUCCUAAACAGCAACAAUUCCCUCAGAUGUACAGUUGUCUCACAGUUGACUGUCAAAAACAAAGGGCUGUUCAAUGUCAUUGACCUCUACAAUCCCCAAACUAAACAAAGCAUAGCACAAGUGCUCCUGGAGCAGGGCCUGGCGAGAGAAGCGACUGUCUCAGCGAAGCAGCUGUCAGUAGUGUUCCCUGAGUCUUUUACCUACUCGUCAUUUGAUCUGACUCCAGGAAAGGAAGAACAAGUCUUCAUCACUCAUGUGAGCAGUCAUUGUGAGGUUUUCUGUCACCUUGAGAGAAACACCGAAAAUAUUGAACAGCUUGAAAGCAAAAUCUCAGAGGCGAGUGAGAAAAUGUUAAAAUCCACCACAAGAGAUGUUGUGAGUAAGCUGUGCCUGGCAAAGUACUUUGAUGGCAAAUGGUACAGGGGCCUGAUUAAUCCUGUUCAGUCAACCCUGCAUCUUGAUGUGUUUUUUGUGGAUUAUGGAAACACAAACAUACUAGAAAAAGCUCAUGUCAUGUUCAUCCCUGGAGACUCUGUUGAGUUGUUGUACACCCCUAUGCAGGCUGUGAGAUGUAGCCUUGCUUCAGUGCCCAAGAAAGAGGUCUGUGCAGAUGUCAAGGAAUGGCUUGAUGAAGCUAUCCUCAACAACCAAGUAAGAGCUGUCAUCACUGGAAAGAGCGGGGAUGGUUCAUUUGAAGUUGAACUGUUUGAUGGAGAUGUGAACAUCAACAAGAAGGUUAAUGAGCUCAUUAUCAGUCUUUCACCAAAACCAAACACAGGCAUCACUUUUGACAUGAACAGUGUUAAGAGAUAUCAAAAAUAUCUCUCAACAAACAAGGCAAAAUCUCCUUCAAAGAGCAAGAUUCAGCUGGGGAAGCAAUCUUCAUAUUCUCCCAAGUCUAAUGCCAACAGAGGCACUCAAGUUAGGUGCGCUAGCCCAAAAAAGACAGUAAAUGCAAAGGAUGCGCAGAGGAAAAAAUGGCACACAAACACAGAAGUCAAGCAAGAAGACGGGGGAAAUACUAAGAGUAGUGUUACUGUAAACCCUCAGAAAACCUUGCAAGGGAAAGAGCAACAAGAGUACUUUGAGACGACCAGAAAGCCAGAAGAUCUACACUUACUAGAAGAAACAGAGACUCCUCAGCUCUUGGUCUUACUUGACAUGAAAGUGAGUGCUGGCUUGAAGGCGAAGUGUUUUGUGUCCCACAUCGACUCCGUCAACAGUUUUUUUCUUCAACUUUCGGAAGAUGAACCAGCAAUCUUAAAAAUGGCUGAAGAUCUAAACUCAGGUGUCCUUAGAGAUUCCUUGAAGACUGCCGCAUCAGUGAGAAUCAAUGAUAUUGUUUUGGCUGAGUAUGAGGAAGACGGUGCUCUGUAUCGUGCUUCUGUGAAAGGCUAUGAAGGAAGCACCAGUCUCAAAGUUGAGUUUGUGGACUAUGGAAACUCAGCAGUCAUUGUGAAGAAAAAUAUCUUCACCAUACCAAUGGAAUAUAUCUCUCAGCCAAGAUUUGGCAUACCAUGCUCCUUAAUGGAAACAAACAUGUACAAAAAUGAAGAGGCUUUCACUCAAGCUGUCAUGGAAAAACCUCUCUUGGUUGAGUUCGUCCUUCAAUGUGGAGCUCAGUGGAUAGUCAAGGUUGAGAUUCUUGAAGGAGCGCUUGGUCUUCCAGCUGAACCUGAAGCUGCUGUUUUAAGUUGUGUUGAAACUGAAAAGGCAGUAGAAGCGGAAACUGAGAAUUUACCUGAAAUAGUAGAGUGUGUGAGAUCCUGUGAACAGAACAAUUUGACAAAAGCUGUAUCACAGAAUGACGCAGCUAAAUGCAAAAGGAUGGAGGAAACCUCUACCCCAUAUACACCAAUUGGCACAUCAUCACCUAAAGUGAAGGUGGCAAUCUGCAGGCGCCAAAGACGACCAGCCAGAAGCAAGACUAAGACAUUUGUCAAGGUUACUGCUUUGAAGUCCUCUGCCAAAGCAUACAGUGAAAGGGCAGAUGCAGACAAAGCCUGUAAAAUUAAAGCUAAAGUCACAGAAAACGCCACAGUCCUGUCAGUUCUGAGUAAUGGCAGUUUUUACAUCAGACUGAAUAAGACUUGUGAACAGCUUGCUGCCCUGGAAAGCCAAAUAGCUCACGACCUGUACAAGUGCCAGUUUGUGGCUGAAGAGGAUCUCAGGAAAAACUUCAGGUGCUUAGUUCAAGUGGACAAGGACAGCCAAUGGCAGAGGGCUAUUGUUCAGCAAGUUGGACUAAGGAAAUGCCAGGUCUUCCUUGUGGAUCGUGGGAUAACAGAAGAAAUCCCAAAUGUCUCAAUCCGAAAAAUAUGUCGUGACCUGAAACUUUACCCAAAAUUUGCUGUUUUGUGCAAAGUAAACUGUCCUGAAGGAGAGUGUGCCAACACAUUGUGGCGUGAAACCCUCAAACAAUUAACAGGAAAAGAAAUCAAGCUGGUGUUUGUCAGUUAUUCAGAGGUUGACAAACUUUGGAUGGUUGAGAUUGUAAUGAAUGGGCUGCUCCUUGUUCAUCCAACCUUGCUGCAGCAAGAUGAGGCAGUUCAGACACCUACUGAAACCAGAAAUGAGACAGAAGGAGAAAAUGUGCAUUUCGACCCAGGCUCAAGUCCUCUCAAGCAACUUGUCUUUGCCUCUGUUGAUAUAGACAACGCAUACUCUGGAUUUGCUGCUGCAGUGACAACUCCCUUCGAGUUUUGCAUUGUUCUUGAAGACUUGCUCCUUACCAUGAACAAAUUGUCAAUGAUGUUGGAUGAACUCCCUGAGCAGAUGUCUCUGCUUCCUGAAGACCACCUUGUUCCUAGGAAUUGCUGCUUGAUAAAAUCAGACUCCAAGAAAAAAUGGUGCAGGGCUGAAAUAAUGAACAUUGACACUACCGUGGUUCUAAACUUGGUUGAUUACGGCCACUGUGAAUACAUGCCAUAUGAGGACUUAUCCAAGCUGAAGAUGCUUCCAGAGGAGAUGACAAACCCCCCGAAGAUGACAUACCCCUGCAUCCUGAGAGGGGUGAAACCAGUUAAAGUGAAAGAAGAGUGGACUGAUGAAGCAGCAGUAUUCUUCCAGGAGUGCUUGUACCAGAGGAACCUCCAGAUCUUCUUUAGAGAGUUUGUGUCAAACACACACUGGAAGGUGGACAUCCUGGUUGAUGGUGUCCAUGUUGCCAAGAAGCUGGUGGAUGCCGGGCAUGCCAGCUAUAUAGACAUGAUGCUUGGUUUGAGGUUCCAGGAACAGAGCCUCUGUAAAGCUACCUCUUAUGGCCCUGACAGCAAGGAUGAGUCCGUCCAAGACGAUGAAGCCUCUGAUGGAAAGUUGAAACUUUCUGUCGAGAGUACUGAUAAAUCAGAGACGAUGCCACUCAACAUUGGGUCUGGAUCAAGACAAUGUUUUCUGAUGUGAAGACAGUCUCAAAAGAGCAGCAAAGCCCUGCAGUGAGUAACUGGAUCCAUUGAUUUCCUGUUGCCUAGAUGAUUCAGAGAGGUGCUGCCUGUUAUAUUAUUUGUGUAAAAGGGGCCUCUGCAUGUGAGCUCUUAAGAAUCACAAUCACAAAAAUGAUUAAUUCCAUUUCAGAUCUGUCAAUACAGCAUUUAACUAAAGUAAAACUAUGCAUUUUUUUCAGUGAAUUAAUUUUAUUUCUUUUCCUUUCUUUGAGUAGUUUUAGAAGAGUUGUGGAGUCUUCAUCACCAUGCUUUCUUCCUCUAUAAAAGAUGGAGGGUUCUCCUACAUAGUCUUCUUUUAAUUAGACUCAUUUGUUGAUAAAUUCUCAGUUAAGUUGGUAAAGCUGUUUGAAAUGUUCAGUGUUUUAUGGAGAGAAAAACUGAGUUGAGCAUGGCAGUGCUAAAGUUUGCACGUUAAAGCCCGUUAUAUUAAAGAACUUCAAGUAUAAUAGCGUUGUGAGCAGUAGUAGUAAUGAUUGGACAAAAGAAACAUAAAGUGGCCUACUUUUUUUUUCUAAAAUUCAAAAUUAACAUUUUAUAGGAUUCUGUAAAAAUGUCCACUUUUCCUGUUUUGAAUUUGUCACUUUUCUGUAUUUUGAAGUUGAAGAAAACUGACGUUUUGUUCUUCUCAGUUUGGUCUGAACUUUUUAUGAUUAGAUUUUGUGCUGAAUAAAUUUGA